CUGCGUCCACUUCCUGCGUGGGUUGCCUGUAACAUUAGCACAUUGCCUUCUCCUCACUCCUGGCUGGCAUGGAAGGCGAAGAGGGCUGUAAAGCCCCUGAUUCUACCUCCAGGGACUUGCUGAGUGUUGGCAGUGGCACAGGAGGACUUUAUAACAAACUACUCAUCAACAAAAAACACAGCAACAAUGGACCAGGGUCACCAAUCGUCAGAAUGCCUAGGAGUAGCAUCUUGGACAGAGUCCAGAACUUUCUACCUCAGCUGGCCCAGGCCAAUGAAAGACUCAGCAAGGAAAUAGAGUCUUCACCAGCUGGUGUUUUUGACAUAGAACAAGUUGAAGACCACGAGGAAAAGAUCAUUGAGAUGAAUGUAUCAGUAGUAGAACUUGAUGAUUCUGAUACCAGCGAUGGAGAGGCAGCGAGCAGCUCAGACAGUGAUGUCUCUGAAGAAGUGACAGAAGAGAACAUCAGAUUAACAAAAAAAGUGAAAAAGGGCAACAUUGAAGUCUUGGAAAACUGAUUUAAAGUUCUGCUCAUCAGGCUUACUUACUGCACAGGAGCACAUCCGCUCCAUUACUGUAACAGAAUUCUGCAGGUCACAGUGGCUAAUUUGCAAUCCCAGUGUAGCAGAAUGUGAAUUUGUUGGUGAAUGGUCCAGUUUGGAAGACAGAAUAAGUCAAUAACUACAUAGAGAGAACUGGAAGAAACAUGUAAGGGGGAUCUCAUAUUGUUCCAAUAUUCUGACAUCACUGUAAUAAUCUUUCUACAAUGUGUACUUAAAAGUAUUGUUUUUCAAGGUAUUGUCAUUUGAGGACAGAGAUCUCUGCAUGCUUUUUAUAAAAGUAUAUUUAAAAAAGUUAUUAAAGUUCACACCUCGUUCAACAAAGGUGUUUGGGCAUUUAUAUAUACAUUAAUGAUUUAUAUACUAGAUAUGGACAAAGUGUAAUAGUUCAGUAUGCUUGGGGGAAAAAACACAUUUUAU